CGCCUUCUUCUAGCCCUCCAAGGCGCUCGCCCACGACUCCUCUCCCAGCCACGCUGCUAUGCCCACCGCCUUUCUCUCCACAGGCCAGCCCCGCCGAGCAGCUGCGGAAGGAGGGCAACGAACUGUUCAAAUGCGGAGAUUACGAGGGAGCGCUGACCGCCUACACCCAGGCCCUGAGUCUCGGUGCGACGCCCCAGGACCAGGCCAUUCUGCACCGGAACCGGGCUGCUUGCCACCUCAAGCUGGAAGAUUACAAUAAAGCAGAAUCGGAGGCAUCUAAAGCCAUUGAAAAGGACGGUGGGGACGUCAAAGCGCUUUAUCGCCGAAGCCAAGCCCUCGAGAAGUUGGGCCGCCUAGACCAGGCCGUCCUUGACCUGAAGAGAUGUGUGAGCCUAGAACCGAAGAACAAAGUUUUCCAGGAGUCCCUGAGGAACAUUGGGGGCCAGAUUCAGGAGAAGGUGCGGUACAUGUCCUCGACAGAUGCCAAAGUAGAACAGAUGUUUCAGAUACUCUUGGACCCCAAAGAGAAAGGCACAGAGAAGAAGCAGAAGGCUUCUCAGAACCUUGUGGUACUGGCCCGAGAGGAUGCUGGAGCCGAGAAGAUCUUCCGGAGCAAUGGAGUUCAGCUCUUGCAGCAGCUGCUGGACACGGGAGAGACGGACCUCAUGCUGGCCGCCCUGCGCACACUGGUUGGCAUUUGCUCCGAGCACCAGUCACGGACAGUGGCCACCCUGAGUGUCCUGGGAACGCGGAGAGUAGUCUCCAUCCUGGGUGUUGAAAACCAGGCCGUGUCGCUGGCAGCCUGCCAACUGCUGCAGGUGAUGUUUGAUGCCCUCAAGGAAGGCGUCAAGAAAGGCUUCCGAGGCAAAGAAGGCGCCAUCAUCGUGGAUCCUGCCCGGGAGCUCAAGGUCCUCAUCAGUAACCUCUUAGAGCUAUUGACUGAGGCGGGGGUCUCCGGCCAAGGACGUGACAAUGCCUUGACCCUCCUCAUUAAAAUGGUACCCCGGAAAUCUCCGAAGGACCCCAACAAUAGCCUCACACUCUGGGUCAUCGAUCAAGGUCUGAAAAAGAUUCUGGAGGUGGGGGGCUCCCUGCAGGAUGCUGCCGGGGAGCUCACGGUGACGGCAAACAGCCGCAUGAGUGCCUCCAUCCUCCUCAGCAAGCUGUUCGAUGACCUGAAGUGUGAUGCCGAGAGGGAAAACUUCCACCGACUCUGUGAGAGCUACAUCAGGAGCUGGUUUGAGGGCCACGGGCUGGCCGGGAAGCUGCGAGCCAUCCAGACAGUGUCCUGCCUUCUGCAGGGCCCAUGCGACGCUGGCAACCGGGCCUUGGAGCUGAGCGGUGUCAUGGAGAGCGUGAUCGCUCUGUGCGCCUCCGAGCGGGAGGAAGAGCAGCUGGUGGCGGUGGAGGCGCUGAUCCACGCAGCUGGCAAAGCCAAGCGGGCCUCAUUCAUCACUGCCAAUGGUGUCUCGCUGCUCAAGGACCUCUACAAGUCCAGCGACAGGGACAGCAUCCGCAUCAGAGCGCUAGUGGGACUCUGUAAGCUCGGGUCAGCUGGAGGGACUGACUUUAGCAUGAAGCAGUUUGCUGAAGGCUCUACGCUCAAACUGGCCAAGCAGUGCCGAAAGUGGCUGUGCAACGACCAGAUUGAUGCGGGCACUCGGCGUUGGGCGGUGGAAGGCCUGGCUUACCUCACCUUUGACGCCGAUGUAAAGGAAGAGUUUGUGGAGGACGAGGCUGCGCUAAAGGCCCUGUUCCAGCUUAGCAGGUCGGAGGAGAGGUCAGUGCUCUUUGCAGUAGCCUCGGCACUGGUCAACUGCACCAACAGCUACGACUACGAAGAGCCUGACCCCAAGAUGGUAGAACUUGCUAAGUAUGCCAAGCAGCAUGUUCCUGAGCAGCACCCCAAGGACAAACCAAGCUUCGUGCGGGCACGUGUGAAGAAGCUGCUAGCAGCAGGUGUGGUGUCUGCCAUGACGUGUAUGGUGAAGGCAGAGAGCCCUGUGCUGACGAACUCCUGCAGGGAGCUACUCUCCAGGGUCUUCCUGGCUUUGGUGGAAGAGGUGGAGGAUCGAGGUACUGUCGUUGCCCAGGGAGGGGGCAAGGCUCUGCUCCCGCUGGCGCUGGAAGGCACCGAUGUCGGGCAGACAAAGGCAGCCCAGGCUCUUGCCAAGCUCACCAUCACCUCCAACCCAGAGAUGACCUUUCCUGGGGAGCGGAUCUACGAAGUGGUCCGGCCCCUUGUCUCUCUGCUGCACCUCAGCUGCUCGGGCCUGCAGAACUUUGAGGCCCUCAUGGCCCUGACGAACCUGGCAGGGAUCAGCGAGAGGCUCCGACAGAAGAUCUUGAAGGAGAAGGCUGUGCCCAUGAUUGAGGGCUACAUGUUCGAGGAGCACGAAAUGAUCCGCCGGGCAGCUACCGAGUGCAUGUGUAACUUGGCCAUGAGCAAAGAGGUGCAGGAUCUCUUUGAAGCGCAGGGCAAUGACCGGUUGAAGCUGCUGGUGCUAUACAGCGGGGAGGACGAUGAGCUGCUGCGGAGAGCUGCUGCUGGCGGCCUGGCCAUGCUCACCUCCAUGCGGCCCUCACUCUGCAGCCGCAUCCCACAAGUGACCACACACUGGCUGGAGAUCUUGCAGGCCCUGCUGCUAAGCCCCAACCAGGAGCUGCAACACCGGGGCACCGUGGUAGUGCUGAACAUGGUGGAGGCCUCGAAGGAGAUCGCCAGCACCCUGAUGGAGAGUGAGGUGCUGGAGAUCCUGUCAGUAUUGGCCAAGGGUGAAGAGGGCCCAGUUGCCAGGGCUGCUGCAGCCUGUCUGGGGAAAGCCAUGGAAUAUAACCUCAUCCAACCCAACCAGGAUGGAGAGUGAGGACUGGCCUGGAGCCCACAGCUCAUGCAUCCGCCACCCACUGCAGCUCAGAGAGCCGGGACAGGAACGGCGUGGCCAAUGAGGACUCAGAUGCUGGAUGCUGGCCUCUCCUCCUCAGUUGCACUUUGGUGUUCUCUGUUCUGAGGGAUCACACGCCACACAGCCCUGCCCUGGCAGCACUCACACG